UGGGGUGGCUCAGACGCAGAGAUCGCUGCAGAAUUUUGAGCGGCGAGCGGGAGCAGAUGCCGGAGCCGAUCAUUCGAGCAUUUGGCGUCUUAAAGAAAUGCGCUGCAAAGGUGAACAUGGAGUAUGGUCUUGAUCCAGCUAUAGGAAAAGCAAUAAUCCAAGCUGCCGAGGAGGUUGCUGAGGGAAAGUUGAAUGAUCAUUUCCCUCUUGUCAUAUGGCAGACUGGAAGUGGCACUCAAAGCAACAUGAAUGCCAAUGAGGUGAUUGCAAAUAGAGCAGCGGAGAUACUUGGUCACAAACGUGGCGAAAAGUUUGUACACCCCAACGACCAUGUUAACCGGGCUCAGUCUUCAAAUGAUACAUUUCCAACGGUUAUGCAUAUCGCUGCAGCUGUAGAGAUUAAUUCAAGGUUCAUACCAAGCUUGAAGCAGUUGCAUUGUUCACUGCAUAAGAAGUCUGUUGAGUUCAAAGACAUUAUUAAAAUUGGGCGAACACAUACUCAGGAUGCAACUCCGUUAACCCUUGGACAAGAAUUUAGUGGGUAUACCACACAGGUAAAAUAUGGGAUAGCUCGGGUGACUGAUACUCUACCUCGCAUGUAUCAGCUAGCCCAAGGUGGCACUGCAGUUGGAACAGGACUGAACUCAAAGAAAGGAUUUGAUGUUAAGAUUGCUGCCGCAGUAGCUGAGGAAACUGCCCUACCAUUCAUCACUGCUGAAAACAAAUUUGAAGCACUAGCAGCACAUGAUGCUUUUGUUGAGACUAGUGGAGCUUUGAAUACAAUAUCUGCUUCUCUUAUGAAGAUUGCAAAUGAUAUACGACUUCUUGGAAGUGGCCCUCGUUGUGGACUCGGAGAGCUCAUACUGCCUGAAAAUGAGCCUGGCAGCAGCAUCAUGCCUGGGAAGGUUAAUCCUACACAAUGUGAGGCUCUCACCAUGGUUUGUGCACAGGUUAUGGGCAAUCAUGUUGCUGUCACUGUAGGUGGAUCAAAUGGCCACUUUGAACUCAAUGUUUACAAGCCAAUGAUUGCUAGUGGCCUUCUUCGUUCUUUGAGACUACUUGGAGAUGCAUCCGUUUCAUUUGAAAAGAAUUGCGUGAGGGGAAUUCAAGCAAAUCAUGAAAGAAUAUCUAAGUUACUGCACGAGUCAUUGAUGCUUGUUACAUCGUUGAACCCUAAAAUUGGGUAUGAUAAGGCUGCAGCUGUCGCAAAGAAAGCCCAUAAAGAAGGGACAACCCUGAAGGAGGCUGCAUUGAACCUUGGAGUCCUUACCGCUGAAGAAUUUGAGGAGCUUGUGGUUCCAGAGAAAAUGAUUGGUCCAUCUGACUAAUAACUCAAUUGGGAAAUAUAUGGAAAUUUUGUUGAAAAAAAUAAAUAAAGGAUGGCUAGUUUGCACUUUUAAACUCAGCUGAAUUCAAGGUCUUGGCUGAGCAUGAGGCGUGCUAAUAAUGAAGCCUCCAUUUUGUUUUGAUUUGUAACUAUCAUUUAAUCAUUUAUCUAAACUAUUUUUGGCCCUGUAGAGGCUACUGUAUUUUGACGCUGUUCUAUAAGAGGCAAGUUGGCGUUCCAA